AAUAUUUAAGAUUUAACUUAAUUUUCAGAAAGAAGUAGACUCUCAUGCAAACCAGCCGGCAUUCCAUUCGCUGGGCUCUUUAGCGGCAUACACAAUGUCGGAAUUGACUUCAAGCACAGAAGUAGAUGGCGCGUGCAGCGUUCUUUCUGUCGAUACAGUAUGCAAUUCCCAAGCUGAAAAUACUGCAGGACCGGAGCCUUCUAUUUCAGAGCAUACGGACGAUAACCCUGAUUCAAUAACACAUGACUUUGUUCAUGUAAAUAUUCCAAUUAAUGCAGACGCAGACGAGAUAACACUUGAAACGAACCAGCCAUCUUUUAUUGCUGGAUAUUUAGCGCCGUAUGCAGAAUAUAUACCAAGUUUACAAAGUAUACAAUAUGUGUUGCCGACAUGGUUAUUCCAGGCUACCCAAAAUGAAGGCGCGACAAGCACGAGUCUAGAUACAAAUCCUGAAGCUGAGAGUUUUGAAACAUGGGUGAAUGAAACAGUUACAGGAGAUUACACAAGCUCUAUCGAAGACGAGCAACGAUUCAGAGCAUGUCUAGUUAGAGCAAUGUACGAAAACUUCGUACAGUUGAAUCGGAUAGACAACUCAUUCAUGACUGAAAACUGCAUGGUUACCAAUGAGGAAUUGUGUUAUGCCCGUUCCAGUGAAUCACAGUGCACAAUAAGACUUUUAUUAAUGCUUCUAAACAGAGACACUCACACGAUGCUUAUGUUUAUUUAUGGAAUGCGUACACGUUAUCAGGAUACUGUAAAAAGUAUAUUUACCUCUUUGAAUCGUCAUUUAAAUGAUUCAAAUUUUACAUACCAAUCACAGUGUCUUCGCUGUAAUCUUAGUAAAAGAGUGAAUAUUUCUCUGAUUACUGAUCAUCUUCCCCAGUGUUCUAAUGGUUUGCUUUUGCUACCAUUUGUUAAUAUCGUGAGCGAGGAAGAUCAGCCAGGCCAGCCCACGACAUCGGAGCGACUUUGGAAUGAAUUGUUUAAGGUAGUGAAUAACCCAAGUUUAUAUCAAGAUGUUAUUAUAACCAUUGCUAGAGUUAUAGAGUCAUCUGGGUAUCAUACAGAUAUUGCAAGAAUGCUGCAAGAUGAUAUAAAUCUAGACAGGAAUAGUUUCGUUUGUAGAUGUGAAGACAUAAGAAUCUGUCAGUCAAGCCUUAGUCAGUCAAGUGCCACCGACGCAGAGCUGAUGUAGAAAAUAAUAUUCAUCAAGUAGAAGAAAGUAAUCAGGCUGAGCCUUCUGUUGAAGAUAGAGCGGAAUCUAGGGAUAUUAUACACACGGACAGUAAAUCUGAAAAGAAUACUAGGGAAGUAGUCAAAUAUCCCGAUAAAGACAACAAUGGAGCAUCAGGUUGCGCAGAAGAUAUCAAACCAAUUGGAAAUAACGACAAAGCAAAAGCUAAUUUGGUAAAUAAUUCAAGAAGAAAUAGUGAGCAUAAUGUGAGUUAUGAUGAGAAAACACAGGAAAAGAAAGUUCCUGAUCUAAGUACUUUUCAGAUAACAGCAAGGGAAACCAGUCUUAAAAGGUCAAAACGGAAGGACAGACCUUGUGAAAAUGAAACAAAAGAAAAAAAGCGGAGAAAUGAGCCUGAAGAUUUUAACAAUAGUCGUAAAUCUAGCAUUGGAAAUUGUGACUUACAGAUUGAAAUGUUGAAAAUUGGCGCGCAAGAAAAGCAACCUGAUAGUGGGUUUUCUAUUGUAUCUUUACCAAGUACAUCUAGUUACGGUGACAGCGGAGUUUACGAUCUAUCAACGUUGUUUAUAGACGCUGGCCCUGAUGAUGAAACUGUGGCUGGCCCUGAUGAUGAAACUGUGGCUGGCCCUGAUGAUGAAACUGUGGCUGGCCCUGAUGAUGAAACUGUGCCUAAACAAAUUGUAUCUGUGAAAGACCUUAAUUCAGAAACAUCAAAUGCCAGUGACGAUAACAGGGGAAAUUCAGCAGCUCAAAGAGAUGAUGUUGAUGAUGAAAGCGCGAAUGUACUUUCAGAUCUUUCUGGACAUGAUGAUAGGGAAUAAGACUCAUUUCAAGGUGAAUAAGGCGUUAAGUAUUAGUCAAAUGAUAAUGUUAAUGAUGACAAAUAAUAUAAAAUGUUUCAAAGUUGAUGUACCUUUUUACUCAAUUAUUGUACAUAUUUGUUGUUUUUAUCUCAUAUAAAUAAUAUAAACAAUAUGCUAUUGUUGUUGUUGUUUUUUCGAAUUGUAUGUUAUUAAAUUUGAGAGUUGAUCUGUG